AUGGUCGUUCCGGCAAUGCACAAACUGUUGGGCGAUGUGGCCGUGAAAUUCUCGUUUCGUUUGGCGGAUGAUGAGUUGUUGAAAAAAGAAUUCCGAAUGUUGGCAAGGAUUGGGCAAUUUCAUCCGAAUAUGGUUCACGUUUACGGAAUGAUAUUGCACCCGCAUCGCCGGCAGAACCUCGGACAACCGGGAAUGGUCAUGGAGUUGAUGAGGGGAGGAGAUUUGCAUGAUUUAAUCUACGAGUGCCGCUACAGCUACGAAAUUGGGCAUAUAAUCGGAUGGAUGAGCCAGGCUCUAUCCGCAAUCUGCCAUCUGCAUCAAAAUGGGAUUAUUCACCGGGAUGUGAAACCGAGAAAUAUUCUCCUAUCCGCCGACUUCACAAUCGUGAAAUUGUGUGAUUUUGGUAUGACAAGACCCGAGCAAAACGAGAUGACACCAGCACAAGGGAGUCCUUAUUGGCUGGCACCUGAGUGCCUCCACAAGAACUAUGACCGAAAAAUGGAUGUGUUCGCGAGUGCGAUCGUUAUGUGGCAAUUGUUGUCGAGAAAAAAACCCCAUGAAAAUCGAAUGGGCAGCAUUCUGGCGAUUCUGCACGCCGAUCCCGAUGUUCGACCCGAGAAAAUCGAUUGUGAGCCGGCUCUGUGGUCUCUAAUUGAACGAUCUUGGUGUACAUCAACGGAUGAUCGCUUAUCAGCCAUUGAAAUGCUCACUGAGUUACGGGAACAAGCCGAGAUCUUCCCCUGGGCUGGUCCAAUCGUUCAGCUUCCCACUUCUCCAUCGAGUUCAUCUGUAAAUUCAUCUCGUCGAAAUUCUCUCAACCAACAAAACCCGCUAAUUGUUCAAAGUGAUCAGGACUUUGGGAAUGCUGAAGAGAAAAUGGUGGACAAUGUGCUGAAUGAUCUCUUUGAAGAAGCAACUGUUAAUCCAGGGAAAUUGAUGUUUGAGAUUUCCACGCAAACGGAUGAUCCAAACGAGGAAACGCUGGAAGAAUUGAAAAUCAAUCGAGUCAAUCAAUCAAUCGAAUUUGAUGAUUCAAAGGAAAAUGAUGAGCAAACACUGCAUGAGAAUUGGGUGAUCGAGCCAAAAACGGUGAUCGAUGAAGAAAAAGAAAUGGAGAUGAGUGUGGAAAUGAGAGAGGAUUUCGAUGAAACGAAUGGAGAUCCGAAUUUGGAAGAUUCACAUAAAGAAAAGGAAAACAUUUACAAUGCUGAGCGAAUGGAGAUCGAUCAUCAAUUGACGGAGAUCGAUCAACAAUUGACCGAAAGUGAUCACAAGAAAUUCAACGCUGAAUUCGAUGAUCAUUGGGGGAUUAAAGACGAGGACAGCUCUUCACCGGCUCGCAUUGUUGAUGAGCACUCGACGAGUCGACGAUCCUACAGCUACAAUUUGACAAUAUCCUCGAGCUCUCGAUCGAGUGCCGAAGAAUUGGAACGAUUGAAAGCGCCGAGAAAGAGUGAACAGGAACAGAUUGAUGAGUUAAACGAGCUGCGUUUAACGUGCCAUCUCUACAGAGAGAAACUCCAGAUUUAUGAAGAAGCAGAGAGAUUGAGAAACGAAAAAGAAGAGGAAAAUAAGAAAUUGGAGACGGAGAGUUUGGCCGUUUUGAACACAUUAGCAGUUCGAUUGGAAUCAAGAAGUGAGAGCGGAUUUGAUGAACGUUCAAUGAAAUGCCAAUCAAUCGAUCCCCUUGAUAUGAAGACACAUUUCGAUCGAAUCAUGCAAUUCAUUGUCGACGAUGAGUUUAGCGAUUUUCAUAUUGAAAAGCUUGACCAAGUUCGUGACCUUUUCGAGCAUGUUGUGGGUGUUUUGAAAGGAAAAGUGUUCGAUUGGAAACAGCUCUCCCCAAAGACGACAAAGGGUUGGUUGGAUGUGCUGGACGGACUUCAUUCAAUCACUGAAGCUCUUUCUUUAAUCAUCGCUCACAAUUCAGCCACAAUCUAUCAAGAGACACAAAAGGAUGGGAAUCGAGCAUCGGCUAGAAGAUUCAAAGCUGGUGUUCUCCUUUGUCAGCACACGCUUGCUCGUCGCCAAUUGGGAGAAGUGCGCGCUUUUCUGGAUCGAGAAACAAAAGUGAUGGCAAAACAACGCGAUUUCCAUCACAACGCUGAACUCGCCGAAAUCUACGAUCAAAUGGUGGCUUUGCUAGAGAAAAUUAGCGAUUUGCCACAAAAGAAAACGACAACUUCUCCAACAACAACACCAACAUUCACAUCAAAACCGAUUCCAUUU